AUGAGCUCCUCGGCGGAAGAGGAGCGCGGCGGCGCCAAGAAGUCAUGGCCAGAGGUGGUCGGACUGAGCGUGGAGGAGGCCAAGAAGGUGAUCCUCAAGGACAAGCCCGACGCCGACAUUUUCGUGCUGCCCGUCGGCUCGCCGGUGACCAAGGAUUUCCGUCCCAACCGCGUCCGCAUCUUCGUCGACACCGUCGCCGAGACGCCCCGUGUCGGCUAG